AAGAAGUGUUCAUGUUUGUAGGCAUAGGCAGAUAAACGUUUGUGUUUAAAAGCACUCGUGGUACAGGUUAUUUGAUUUGUGUAUUUAUCGGUUUGAUUGUUAUCGGACCACCAGUUAUAUUGUCACCGUGUACAUAGUUUACCUCGUUGUACUGAAACUGAUUUUAGGAUACCAUUAGCCUGUUGGUGAGCUAGGUUAAUAUGGCUUUAGUACCUUACGAUGAAGGUAAUGCUGUGUUGCCAGCGCUAGCAAAACUACGCGACUCGUCUGCUGAGUUUCACUUCGCUAAUCACAACGUGCGUCUGACUCAAGACUGGAACCGUUUGGGUGUCGCGGCGGUCGUGUGGGAUGCCGCUGUGGUGCUGUGCAUGUAUAUGGAACUGGGACAAUUUGAGUUGAAGAGAAAGACUGCUAUUGAGCUGGGAGCUGGCACUGGCUUGGUGGGCAUAGUAGCGGCUCUUUUAGGAGCCAAUGUGACCAUUACUGACAGGGCACCUGCGCUUGAGUUUCUGGCUGCCAACGUGCAUGACAACAUUCCUCCAGCCCUGCAGGAGGCAGUGCAGGUCUCCGAGCUGACGUGGGGUGAGGGUCUUGACCGCUACGAGGCCGGCGCCUAUGACCUCAUCCUGGGGGCUGACAUCGUGUACCUGGAGGAGACGUUCCCGGCCCUGCUGCGGACCCUGGAGCACCUGAGCUCCGAGCGUUCGGUCGUCCUGCUCUCCUGCCGACUCCGUUACGAGCGAGACGAGCGCUUCCUCAGCCUGCUGAGGAGCCGGUUCGCCGUGCAGGAGGUCCACUACGACGCCCAGAGGGACAUCCACAUCUACAGGGCCACCAGGACUACAGGCAGGAGGGAUCUGUGAGCUCUGGGUGUGCGGGUCAGAGAGAGGGACUUUGCAGAGUUGGAUCUGAUGGAGACUCUGUAAUCUGUGUCUGUACAGAUCUGUAAUCUGAGACUCUGUAAUCUGUGUCUGUACAGAUCUGUAUUAUGAGACUCUGUAAUCUGUGUCUGUACAGAUCUGUAAUCUGAGACUCUGUAAUCUGAGACUCUGUAACUCACUCUUUGCUCUGUGGACGUGGGAGAUCAGGGAGCAUAUUGAGAGUGUGUACCGUGGAGUUUACCGUCUCUGCUUGAAUAGAGUGGGAAAGUAACUUUAGGAAACUACUCCCAAUUUAAUUUAAUAUCUAUGGUGCUGUUAUGAACUUACUUUUGAGCAAGAAAGAGUAGAAGAGUAUACUCAAUUCAUAAGGAUUUAUAGCAGACAGCUUCCAGGGUUUUUUCUUUAUCUAUGGUAGUUGUAGCCAAAGUGAAUUACAGGUUGACCACCUUUGAUGCCUUUGUCUUUGAGUGGUGAAAAGAGAAAUUACAUUCUAUGGACAUUCUUUCUGUGGGGUACAUCAUUUUAUGGCCUCAUUUAAGAUUCAUUGUCCAUCCAUUUAUGUCUCAGAUAUAAUUUAUUCAGGUCAUGUAGGAGAUGAUUACAGAAUGAUUAGUUACUGGCUUCACUUUUCUGUCUCCUGUGUUGAGUGGCUGUUGAGGGACAGCUGCUAUGUCACAAUAUGUCCAGUGGGUGGCAGCAACAGCACAGGUUUCGGAGCUGCUUCCCCCCCUCCAGGCCAUUCUCGCUCAGUGCCAGCAAGAGAAAUGAACACUGAACACCAGUCCCUCUGCACAACAACAUCAUCACCUUUUUUGGGGUGCGGCACUUUUCUGCUCAUAUUUUCCUGUUCUCUAAAGUAUCAAACUCUGUGAAAACAACCCCUUUCUUGUCACCAUAUCAGUGACUCCGCUUUGAGAACACCAUUAGCUGACAACCAAGCUGCCCCCAAAUCUAGGCGAAAAGAGCCAUGUCAGUGUACGAGGGCUGCCAUUUUGUUUUGGAACAUUCCCACUCACUUUCAACUUUUCGGGCAAAUCUCGACCGCGGAUAGGAGCUUCAUUUGUAUUGAUUAAAGCAAGUCAUCCUCCUCAGUGUGCUCUGGUAUUUAUCACUGGACUGAGUUCAUUAUGACUGACAAGGUUGAGUGGAGGAGAGUAGAAUUAAAAUCAUCACGUUUGAUAAUCAUACUCGUGUGUGAGGUGUUCCAAGUACAUCUUGUCAUUGGGCGAAGAUCAGAAGUAUUUGUGUGUGUGGGUCUGUAUGAGUGAGUGUGUGUGGACAUCUGAAGAUUUAAAGAGGUGUUUUUGUAUAUGUGCAUGCAUUUGUGGGGGUCUAUGAGAGAGUGUGUGUGUGUGUGUGUGAAGAUCUGAAGUCUGUGUAAGUCUAAUUCCAUUGAUGGGCAACUGGCUACGAGCAAAGCAAUGUGCAAGUCCGCCGCACACUCUUAAGCUAAUUUAAUAACUUGGCAAGAUCCUAAGCGCAAACAAGAGAGGGUCUGCUCAAUGCUCCCACACUUUACACGAUAGCCUCAGUUCUUGCGCAACGGCAAGCGUGCUGCUUUGCUGCUUUGUCAAUGAAAUUACAGGCCUAUUUGUGUUUGUGCUUCCUCUGUCAACUGAAGCCAGAACCAUGUCCAUGCCACAGGAAGUGACAUCAGCACCAGCAUCUCAUAAGUCUCAGCAUCCAUGUCCCCUGCUGAGGUGGCUGAGGUCCCUGAUGAUCUUGUUAUUUUCCCCGAAGGCCCCCAAACCAGCCUCUGUCUUCUGUCUGCCGUCUCGGUAUGAUGGUGAGGCCUGGCGUCUUUGUCAGUUUGAUCACGUAGGUGUUCUGUCUGUGUGUCUCUGGCCAUAAUUGGCUGGGUGUGUAAUUACAAUCAGUGGCGCUGAGUGAAGCCUGGGCCUGUCCGCUAACCUGAGCACAAGAGAGCUGAGUGCUUAGAGAGAGAGAGAGAGAGAGAAUGAAGGGGGAGGGAGGCUUGUUAACGAGGCACACACACACACUUACACACGUGUACGAACACACACACUCACAAUAUAUCUAUAAUUUUUGUGUCUCUGACUGAACAGUGGAUAUGGCAUUUGAAAGCCCUCCAGCUAAGCCUUCAGCUCUUUAGCUGACAGCAAGGCACCAAAAAGCCAAACUUGUAGGGGCGGCAGUGGUACA